GCGGGGGUCUCCGCCUUCUGCUCCCGGUUGAAUCGCUGGGAGGGCGGCGGCGACCGGACUGGCAGCAGCGGCGGCAGCUGGGGCCGGGGCCAUGGCGGAGCUGGAGCACCUGGGUGGGAAGCGGGCCGAGUCGGCGCGGGUGCGGCGGGCCGAGCAGCUGCGGCGCUGGCGGGGCUCGCUGACCGAGCAGGAGUCGGCGGAGCGGCGGGGCUCCGGGCGGCAGCUGCAGUCGUCCCGCCGCGGGGGGCCUCGGGUCCGCUUUGAGGACGGGGCCGUCUUCCUGGCCGCCUGCUCGAGCGGGGACACGGAUGAAGUGAAGCGGCUGCUCGCCCGGGGAGCAGACAUCAACACGGUCAACGUCGAUGGGCUGACAGCCCUGCACCAGGCCUGUAUUGAUGAAAACUUGGACAUGGUGAAGUUCCUAGUGGAGAACAGAGCCAAUGUAAACCAGCAGGACAAUGAGGGCUGGACUCCUCUUCACGCAGCAGCUUCCUGUGGCUAUCUUAACAUAGCAGAGUAUUUCAUUAACCAUGGAGCCAGUGUGGCUGCAGUGAAUAGCGAAGGUGAAGUCCCCUCUGACCUUGCAGAAGAGGCAGCAAUGAAGGACCUGCUCCUGGAGCAAGUGAAGAAGCAAGGGGUUGAUCUGGAGCAGUCAAGAAAAGAAGAGGAGCAGCAGAUGUUGCAGGAUGCUCGCCAGUGGCUCAACAGUGGCAAAAUUGAGGAUGUGAGACAGGCUCGUUCAGGGGCUACCGCUCUCCACGUGGCUGCUGCCAAGGGCUACUCUGAAGUUCUCAGGCUUUUGAUUCAGGCUGGCUAUGAACUGAAUGUUCAAGAUCAUGAUGGCUGGACUCCCCUCCAUGCUGCUGCACAUUGGGGGGUGAAAGAGGCUUGUUCCAUCCUUGCAGAAGCACUCUGUGACAUGGAUAUCAGGAACAAACUGGGCCAAACACCCUUCGAUGUGGCUGAUGAAGGGCUUGUGGAACACUUGGAGAUGCUCCAGAAGAAGCAGAAUGUGCUUCGAAGUGAGAAAGAAACAAGAAAUAAGCUCAUUGAAGCAGACCUGAAUGGCAGAUUGCAGAGUGGACUCUUUAAAAACAAAGAGAAGAUUCUGUAUGAUGAGGAAACACCCAAGUCCCGAGAAACAGAGGAAGAGAUUAAGGAAUCUAGCAGCUCUAGCUCAGAAGAAGAGGAAGAAGGUGAAGAGGAAGCUUCUGAGUCCGAUGCUGAGAAGGAGGCAGAUCAAAAGCCAGAGGAUGUUGUCAACCACACCAGCUCUGAAUCAAAAAGUACCGUCACGGAGCAGAUACCACCACCAUCUCAGAAUAUCUUCUCUGCUUCUCCUGCCAGAAGACUCUCCUCUAGUUUCUUCAGUAAGGCAGAAGAGCCCAAGGACGAGUCACCCGCCUCGUGGCGCCUUGGGCUCCGGAAGACCGGCAGCCACAACAUGCUGAGUGAGGUGGCCAGUCCUCGGGAGGCUUUGAGGGAUCGAGGCUCCUCCAUCUGCCGCUCCUCAUCGAGCCCCAGGAUUUCUGCACUGCUGGAUAACAAAGAAAAGGAGAGGGAAAACAAAAGCUAUUUUUCCUCACUAGUACCCCGGAGGCUCAAUAGUGCAAGUGACAUUGAGGAAAAGGAAAACAGAGAAUCAGCUGUUAAUCUGGUGCGGAGUGGCUCCUACACUCGGCAGCUUUGGAGGGAUGAAGCAAAGGGAAAUGAAACUUCUCAGACUGGUGCUCCUUCCACCUAUGUAUCAACCUACUUGAAAAGUGCUUCAUUUGGUAGAAGUAGUGACCCCACCAGUCCCUACAUUUCAGCCAAUCGCAAUUCAUCUCCUGCUACCUCACCCACUACCAUUGGUUCAUCUACCUCUCGAGGCAGCCAGUGGCAACCUGCCUCUUCCUGCCCUACACCAAUCAGUGCAAAUACUACUGCAUCCGUUCACCAUGGCAGAACUCCUUACAAGCUCCAUGCAGAUCCAUCUGUGGAAAAAGCUUCAGAAAGUGUAUCCUCUAGCACCCCACUGUGUGUAAUCACCAAUCGCCCCCCGCCUAGCACUGCCAAUGGGGUUACAGCUGCCAAUGUGCUAUCAACUACUGGGACAGACUCCUCCACAGAAGCCAGGGAGAGGAGGCGGUCAUAUCUAACACCUGUACGGGACGAGGAAGCAGAGUCUCAGAGGAAAGCACGUUCCAGACAAGCUCGGCAGACUCGAAGAUCUACCCAGGGUGUCACUCUAACUGAUCUUCAGGAAGCAGAGAGAACCUUCAGCCGAUCCCGGGCAGAAAGGCAAUCUCAAGAACAGCCAAGCGAAAAAGUCGAAAGUGGUCUGGAGGGACUCGAGGGCAGCAGUGAAAAACAGGAGCCGCUCACAGCACUGACAAAAGAAACUGGGGAGAGCCGGCAGCAGCGAGGGAGUAGGAACUGGGACGAGGAGCCUUCUUAUGGACGACUGAGGUGCCUAACCCAGCAAGAUAAACCCACCACACCAAUUUCUCCUUCUGGGUCAAGCCCCUCCCUUUCUAUUGGAUCCUAUCUCCUCCGGGGAAGUAGGACCUCAGGCCUGGACUCUGAGAGUUCAGAAACUGCCACAAGCACUGCUAAGGACAUGGAAAAAAAUGAGAGUGAAGAUCCAGAUUUGGGCGACCAAUCCUCUAAUAAGACAUCCAUCCGGGAGAGGCGCCGGCCCAAGGAAAGGCGAAGAGGGACAGGCAUCAACUUCUGGACGAAGGAUGGAGAUGAAACUGAAGUCACAGAAGACAUGAAAGAGGCAUGGCAUGAAAGACUUUCUAGAUUGGAAUCAGAAGGCCUCACCACCACCGAUCCCUAUAGUGACCGGGCUUCAGCAAAGGCCCGCCGGGAGGCCCGGAUAGCUUCUUUGACGAGUCGAGUGGAAGAGGACUGCCAAAGGGAUUAUAGAAAACUCUAUGAGAGUGCCCUGACAGAAAACCAGAAGCUGAAAACCAAACUGCAGGAGGCUCAGCGGGAGCUGGUGGACGUCAAAUCUAAAUUGGAAAAGGUGGCCCAGCAGAAACAAGAAAAAACCUCUGACCGAUCAACAAUGCUGGAGGUGGAGAAAAGGGAGAGGAGAGCCCUGGAGCGGAAAAUGUCAGAAAUGGAGGAGGAGAUGAAGGUUUUGACAGAACUCAAAUCCGACAACCAGAGGCUGAAAGAUGAAAAUGGUGCCCUCAUCAGAGUUAUCAGCAAGCUGUCCAAAUAGACUAAUUCUUUGGAAGGGAAAGCACUUGCUGCCCCCCAGCUCCCAUUCCCCUCUGCCUCCUCCUUCCAACCAAAAAGAGUCAGUGUUUGUGACUGAAGGACCCCUUCCUGUCCCACCACCCCAAACAUUUAUUUUUACUGCAGACCCCAGAUCUCGUCUACCCCCGUGUUUUAGGAGAUUUUUCAUGGAAACAUAAUGGUAAUGAGAGGUGGCCCUCUGGGGCAGGGUGGAGUGCCUCUGGAGGCAGGCCCCGGACCUACCUAGUGCUCGACCACUCUGUUCAAGCUAGACUCGGUCCAGACCUGAAAGGCUUAUCUCCCCUAACCAGCACCAUUGCAGCUGUAGCCUGCUCCAUUGGCCCUGUGUGUGUUGGGGGGAGGAGGGUGGAUCAGUGUGAAGGCUGCCACCUGCUGGCCCAGGGAUCCUAUUGGGAGUGCCGUGUGCCCAAGGAAAACAGCUGGACUUUGAUUUAAUCACCAGACAACCACCAGGGGCAUGUUUUUAUUAGACUUGGGUGACAGUUGCUUCACAGUGAAACUCUGUUCUCAUCCUCCCAGAAAACAACUUUUCAUGGCGGCUACAUGACUUCUAUUUCAUCUAUCUGGUGACAUUGCAGAAAAGCCUCAGCCUCCACUUCGCCUUGUCCAGUCUUCUCCCCAAGGCCCACAUGGCCUGACUUCACUUAGUGUUUUCUUCCUCUCCUUUUUCCUUCCCACUUGGCCACCCAUCUAGAAUCCAUGUUGUAGCGUCUGAGCUCCAUUGGCCUUAGCUACUUGGAAUGGUAUUUUCUGAAGCUGUCAGGGGAAAAGAAUGACCCUGUCAGCCCGCAGCACCUGCUCCCUCUCCGAGGGUGGUGUCAUGUACCAUGUAGGGUGCACACAAGCCCUCACCCAUUAUUCUAGAUGAUAUGUAAGAGGCUGUGAAAACCCCACUCCAGCCCCAUUCCAGGGAGGAUGUUUUGUUUUGUUUUCUUUUUCCUCUCAGCCUUACUGCAUGUCCCUGGUGGGAAAAUAACCCAACAUAAGGAGGCUCAGGGAGAGGGAUUCAGGUGAAAGUCAGAGAGUGGAGACAAGUUGGAAAGAGGCUUACGUUGUGUUGGUGGGAAAUCAUCCCUUGAACAUAACAACCAAGAAGACUGAAGGCAACUCAUUGUGUUGCUGGGAUGAGAACCGAAGGAAUUUAAAUGUUGGAAGAACAUGGUGGUCAGCUCUUAGAGGCAUUUCCAUCUUAAAAUCAAUGGGGAAACCACUUAGGGGAGAAGCAAAAAGAAAGAUGGAGUGUCUUCAAACUAUUGAAGUUGAGUUAUGAUAUCAUAGAGUCUUAGAGCUGGGAGGGGCCAGAGGUCAUUUAAUCCAACCAACCAACUAAUGCUUCUACAACAUCUUGGGCAGAACAGAUGAUUGAUCAUCCUCUACUUGAACACUUCCAGUGACAGGAAGCUCACUAUAAGAAAGUGUGUUCCAUUAUUAGCUAGCUUGAAUUUUUAGGAAGUUCUUCCUAAAUCUAACACUAUGUUCCACUCUUUGAUACAAUGUGCCCUCUGGAGCCAUACAAUUAAUCUAAUGUUUCUUCACUGUAGUCAUUUAACUAUUUGAAGACAAUUAUCAUGGACUUCCCCCUUCCCAGGUGUCUUCUCUAUGCCAAAUAUCCUUCAACUGUUCUUCCUGACAGUUUCCAGGCUCUCCGCUGUCCUGGUCACCAUCUCCUAGCCAUGAUGCUCUUGAUGUGGUGUGACCAGUGAAGCAUAUGGUAGAACUAUUACCUCCCUAGAUCAGGACACUCUGUCUUUAUUAAUGCAGUCUGAGAGAGCAUUAGCUGUCUUAGCAGCUGCAUCACACUGUUGGCUCAUAUUGAGUUUCUGGUCAAUUAAAACCACCCCUGGUCUUUUUCACUGACAUGACUGUGGGGGUACCAUCCUUGAUGCAUAAAAUUCAGUGAGUUAUCAUUCGAGUCCAGUGAUCAGUUUUCUCAUGUAUACUGCCUCUCUCCACUCUGAGUCUCCUCUAUUCAUCAAGGUAGAGAAACUCUUAGUAGGUGUAUGAAGCAUCUAGCAAUCAGAAGUUACAUUUCAAGAGUUUCAAACUUAAUCUUCCUCGCCAAAACUCAGUUUUUGUAGUUUGCAAAGUGAUGUGUUGAUUCCUUUCCCAACCAUUGUCAAGGAAAACUAUUAUACUAUGAUAUUUGGGUGGCAUUUCAGAGUUGUGAAAAUAUUCAGUUCAGGGUAAUGAGUGAGAUGAGUUGUACUAUAAGCAUUUACUUUAUUCUCAUCAAUGAGAUAGCCUAUAAAGUCAUAAAGACACUGGAAUGUUAUCUAGCCAUGUUUUGGUCAUUUGGGGAAUUCCAAUAGUAUCUCCCCUCGGAGAAAAAAAUCAAAUUCUUCAAAUAUCUCUGGCCAUCUCAAUAGUGAGAUCAAAUAGGACUUCUUAGAUUUUCUUAUGUUGGUGCAGUCCCCCUCAGUUGACAUUUCCAGAAACCUCCCUCUUGUCUUUUCUGACUGUAGACCAUGUCCGAUUCCCUCUUCAACCUUCUAACCCCUCCUUCCAGCUUCUGCCCGACUUUGUCAAAGAGACCUAGGUGUACCUACUUGGUUUUCUGAAGCCUUUUCAUGCAGCUCACUACCAGCCCCCAAACACAUAUGCUUACCUAUUCUACACUGCCCUCCAGGAAGUGAGAGACUCUCCAUUAAACCUGGGGUGUCUAUGAAGCAGAGAGUACUUGAGUUAGUUAAAAAAAAAAAACAACAAAGCCCAACUUCUUUGUUUAAAUGAAAAAGCUACUGAAAUGGAGUUAAGCAAGGGGGACUCAUAAGGCUGUGCACUCCACUGCAUUGCCUCAGACCCUGGUCACCCUCUUAGUCACCACCACCACCACCACCACUUCCAGAAUUAUGGCAGGGUGCCUUUGAAUCCUAUCAUAUUGUCCACUCAGAAGUGGCAGCAUUUCAUUCUACAUCACUUCUUGCUGCAGAUUGGACAGCAUAGGUGAUAGUGGUGGCAUCAAAAGGCUCCAUGAGCCCUCCCUUGGCAAGUAAAUGAAAAUUUCAGCAAAUAAUAAGUUCAUUGCACAAGGCAUGGUGCCUGGGGCCAGGAAUACAAAGAUAAGAAUGAGAAGGCCCCCUAGACUAGUAUAUUGUAGGAAGAAAUGAUGUGGAGAAAAUAUUUCUUUGGAUUUUACUAAUUCUUCAUUCCUAAAUCCUCCAUCCCCACUAUCCUGAUAUAUCUCAGGGCAUUGCCCUCCCAUAUAUUCGCCUACUGACUGGCCCCACUGGUUUCAGUCAGUCUAGAUGAAGUGGGAAUCUGGUUUGUAACCCUAGAGCCCCCUUUUGGCUCCUGGAUCUUGGCAUUAAGGUAUUGCCAGGGUUUUAUCAAAUUCUUGGCCCCCAUCUCCAGCUAGUGCUUGAUCAUCGUGCAUGAGCCUUGUGGAAAUGGCCACAGCCUAGCACAGACGCAGUCCCUUUGUACCAAGAAAUGAAGCAGCAUUGAGAGAAAAUGAAGACAACCGCUUAGAAGGGGUUAGCCCUGGGGUUUUGUCACAGACCACAUAACCUCGGAUGUGAUAUUUCUGGGCCUGUUUUCUCAUCUGUAAAAUGAGGGAGGCUCACUAGAUGAUCUCGCACACCAAGAGUCUAUGAUGGGUUUUAGAAGAUUAGAACAUUUUUCUAUCCUCAGCAGAACUGCUGCUGUGUGUUACUUGGAAAACUCAAGCACAAGAUCAUCAUUGUUUUCUUCUGAAUAGGAGUCUUCAGCAUCAGUGGGUCAAGACUGGCUUGUCAGCCUAGUUGGAAAGUGAUUUUAAUACUGAGAGUGAUUGAAUGGUGUUACAUUUGCUCUUCCUCCAAAUGGCUCCAUAAGAACAUUACAGCCUGUGGAGGGGGAAAUUGAAGCUUGUGGCAAAAUGGACAGAAAGCAAUUUGUGGUGAAGUUUUAAUGGGAAAUGGGGGUAGCUCUUUGUAGGUCUGGCCCACCACCUUCCCAAGGCUUCUCACUUGGUUUCCACUGUUCUUAACUCCAGGCCCACAGUACUGCCUGACAUAUUCCACAGUGUAUUCUCUAAGCACCAGCUUUUUCACAGGUGGACCCAAGUUCUGCAGCAAAAAAAGAGAAAAAUUUCACUUUGCGGAUGCCCGCAGUUUGGGUUCCUUAGAGCUUAGCUAGAGUUAGGACUGUUUGGUGUGAGGAGUGGCUGAGGUUUUGUUCGAAGUAAUUUCCCAUGAGAGUAGAAGGUUUGUAAAGGAGACCACUGGGUCAGUAAGAGAUGGCAAACAGGCAGGAGGAGCCCUGUCUUACUGAGCACCAGCUGUCUUCAGCAAAUUGGUCCGUGGAGUAAGAGAUGGAAGUGCAAUGAGUAGGACCGGAGGUUGGAAGCCCUGUAAGGGAGAGUUGCCUGUACAGGCACACAGGAAGCAUACAGAAGGAAGACCUAGACAGUGGGAUUGAGGAUUGCAAUGAAUGGAGGCUGGGGCUGUCACUGAAAGGGAAGGUCAGCCAUACAGAAUUAAAGCUUCAGCCUGCAGUACAAAAUCAUUGCUCUAGAUUUUAAUCAAUUUACUUAAUGGGUAUUGAAACUUUAGGAGCAUCAGCCCAACAUUGUGGCUGCUAUUGAUCUCCUGCAUUCUGAUUACUUUGGAAAAACAGACCAACUUCUUCCUGCAGCCAAGGAACUGUUAGUGUGACAGCUAUCAACCAAUAAGGCAGUUCACUGGAGAAGAAUUCCAGUAGGAAACUUUGCCCACCAGAGAGGAUCUGCCACCUAACUUUUGGGAGUAAUGGUCAAAGAAUGACCCCUACCCAUUCUGCAGGUCACUUAGGAUCAAUAGCUGCUCCAUCCUCAAAAAAAAGAGCUACUGAUAAAAUCUGAUUGGGAAGGCAGAAAUUUGGUUUUAUAGCUUUUCCAUUAAUGGUUGUUCUGACUUCAUCUAAGAUACAUUAGAAGUUUUAAGAUUGUUCUUUUAUCAAUGACACUGAGCUGAUAUCAACGCUGUGCAAAGAUGUGGGCCACUCAGUUGGAGAUGUGAUCAUAGGACACCAUUGUCUUCAAUGGUCCCAACAGGUUAUCUCUUCUUAUCCCCAGCCCUUCAAGGAACUAUCUUGGGAGCCCUCCCUUUUGAUAAUCUCUCCACCUUCUUUGGACCAUGGAGGUGAUGUCAUUUGGAUUAUCUCUUCUCAAAUCCUCCCUCAUUGCCCCCAUGAAAUCCCUUUCCCCUUUUCAAUGUCACCUAAGGGUUACAUCAGGACACCCUUAUGUCCUUCAGGAGCUACUAGCUCUCCCUUUCUCUUUCUUCCCCACAUUUGCCUCCUCCUGUCAUAAGGCUUUUGAAGUGGAUGUUCGUUUAGGGAGGGAGCUUUUCCAAGAAUGCAGUGAGGUGGAAGAUGAACACCAUAUAACGCCCUCAGCUUCAGGGACCCUGAUGUCUUAAUGGGCUAGCGGCUGAGAUUUAACCGGUAGGGCUUAUGUUCAGGAUAUCCUCCUGUUAUGUCUAGGAGGGCCACAGAACAAUGAUUCCAGACCUUUUUUUUCCAGGGAUCAGUGCUGAAUGUGUCCUGGACUCUCCUUAAUUUCCCUGUCACUCUUUUAGUGAAGCCAGUAAGGGCUCAUGGGGUAGCCACGGGAAAAUAAAGAUCAUUCUCCCGUUCAUCCAGGUUUUGUCCUUAGUAACUCAGCUAUUUCUCACUUGGUCACAAUGUGUCUGGGUCCAGUUGAUACCCUCCAGCUCAGUGAAUGGAAAUCUGACUGAGGGCUGGGUACAUCUUUUGUCCGUAAUUUGGUGCAUACCUGCUCCAACCAGAGGAUUCCAGGAGUGAUUGUCAGGGGGAACCUAGUUUUCUUCAGUGAACUGUGUUCCCUUUAGAUAUCAGAGGGAGGAGACAUCCUGAAGGGUAAGAGGCUAUGGUGAGGACCAUACUUAGGCUGGGACACUCUGCCAUGCAGAUACAAGCCAGACCCCCACUUUUAUUAAGGCUUCUUUGUCCCUCCCUCACAAAAUAGUAAGCCCAGGAAUAGAAAUUCUAACAAAGUGUUUGAUGGAGAACAGGAAGAGGUCUGAAGCUGCUUGUUAACAAGAACCAAUGGGAAUGGCUAGAGAAGCCCCUGAAUGAGGCCUGAGUAUUGUCUGAAUCCCCAUAAACCUCCUUCCUUAGCUCAGUCUGGUAGCCCUUCCCCUAGCUGGUGGCCCUAAGUAGUGCCCUGAAUACCUAGCCCAUGGUUGGAAUGGGCUUUCUUCUCCCCCUUCCCGUUUUGCCACUCGGGCAGAACACAACCCCUUUCUCCCCUGUAUGAUUUGGAGAUAGGCUUUGUAGCUUUUCUGCUUUUCUUCCUCCUGCUCUACCUAGAUUAGAAUGAUGGAAAUGGCCAGAAUCACUUGGACAGCUGCACUACCUUCCUACUUGGAGGGAAACACUCUAUGUCUUCUGCAUCUUUUCAUCCCUUAACCCUACUUCCACCACUGUUAAAGCACUGGAUAUAACCAUGGUUUUUUUUUCAGCUGAAUUGUAUGGACUAACUUCAGUCAACUGUAAAUACACUGGGGGGAGGGGGAGGGAAAGGGAGGGGAUGUGGGACUCUUGUGACCCGAAUGUAUUUUUAUGCAAAUUUGAGUGGCCUUUCAACUCUGAGAUGAAUGAUAUUGUUUUACUGGUUGUCACUAUAUAGUAUUAUUAUGUGUUUGAAAGUUUGAGAUAAUAAUAUUCACAUCUAUAUGAUGCCUGUAAACACAACAGUAUUUAUAAAUGAGUAAAUAAAACUGUGUUUUAACUUUGGGUUUAUAGGA